CAUCGAUUUUUCGCUAAAAUGGCUGUAUUUGAAGAGAGAAAAAGAGAAGGAAUAAAAAAGAUUCAGCUGCAAACCUGUUAUGAAAAUAUGAAUAUUUUGAACAUGUAUUAUAAAGUAUUUUAAGUGUAUUAAUUCACGUUGACUACAAAAAAAAUUAUGAUUACAUUUAUCAUCGAGUAUCGUCGAAGGAGAAAUGUAGUAUGACGUUGGUUUAAUUUUAAGAUUGGAAUUCACAUGCCAAAGAUAAAGGUGAAUUGCCAAACAGAUAUUGUAAAACUUGGCACUUUUUAUUCGAAAUGCACAGUCAUGCCCUCUUUUUGGCAAAAUCGGCAUUGCCAUGGAAAUAUGAUUCUUUCAAGUGGACUUCAUGGCGCAUGUUUAAAACACGAGCAAGCCAUAAAACCAAAGAAUUUGAAGGUCGCAAAUUAGUAGGAUUUUCAAUGGAGAAAAUGUACCAUGUGGUUGCCGAUGUGGAAAACUACAAAUAUUUUCUACCUUUUUGUAAAAAAUCUGAAAUUACUUUGAAAACCAAAGACUUUCUAAAAGCCAAUUUAGUAAUUGGGUUUCCACCUAUAAAUGAAAGUUAUACUUCAAAAGUGACUAUGGUAUAUCCAAGAAUAGUUAAAGCCGAAUGUAAGGAUGGCAGAUUGUUUGAUCAUUUGGAUACCCUGUGGCUGUUUAGCCCUGGAUUGAAAAAUAAUCCUGAAACAUGUGUGAUUGACUUCUCCUUAUCCUUUGAGUUUAAAUCUGUCAUUUAUUCUCAAUUGUCAAAUUUAUUUUUCAACGAGAUUGUACGACAAAUGGAGAACGCCUUCCUCGAAGAAGCCAAAAGAAGGUAUGGUCAGCCAUGUUUAAGGACAGUACAACUCCAAAGAUGAUAUUUAUGAAUGAAAAUUAUUGCAUAUAGAU